GCAGAGGGGCGGGGAUGCGGCCCCACGCAUCCCCCGGAGGAGGAGCGCACGGCUCCAGCCCUUCCCGCGGCGGGGGCCGGGGCUCUCCCCCCGCCGCCGCCACCACCAGCACCGCCGCCGCCGCGCGGAGAGGCCGGCGGAGAGCCGCGGAAGUGCACUUGCUGCAGCCAUUUCCUGCUCUUUGUGCGGGCGGCGCGGAGCAUCCGAGCAUCGCCGCCCCGAGCCCCGAACCCAGCGCCAGUGUGGAAACUGAACAGCUGGCACCAUGACGACCCACGUCACGCUGGAGGAUGCCCUGUCCAAUGUGGACCUGCUGGAGGAGCUGCCGCUGCCUGACCAGCAGCCAUGCAUUGAGCCACCUCCUUCCUCCAUUAUGUACCAGGCUAAUUUUGACACAAACUUUGAAGACAGAAAUGCCUUUGUGACUGGAAUCGCCAGGUACAUCGAGCAGGCAACAGUGCACUCCAGCAUGAAUGAAAUGCUGGAAGAAGGCCAUGAGUAUGCCGUGAUGCUGUACACGUGGAGGAGCUGCUCAAGAGCCAUUCCCCAGGUGAAAUGUAAUGAACAGCCAAACCGAGUGGAGAUUUAUGAGAAGACAGUAGAAGUUCUGGAGCCAGAAGUCACCAAGCUUAUGAAGUUCAUGUACUUUCAGCGCAAGGCUAUCGAGCGGUUCUGCAGUGAGGUGAAGCGCCUGUGCCAUGCGGAGCGGAGGAAGGACUUUGUCUCUGAGGCCUACCUCCUCACCUUGGGCAAGUUCAUCAACAUGUUUGCUGUCCUGGAUGAGCUGAAGAACAUGAAGUGCAGUGUCAAAAAUGACCACUCAGCCUACAAAAGAGCUGCCCAGUUUCUGCGGAAGAUGGCAGACCCCCAGUCCAUCCAGGAGUCCCAGAACCUUUCUAUGUUCCUGGCAAAUCACAACCGCAUCACACAGUGUCUGCACCAACAACUAGAGGUUAUCCCUGGCUAUGAGGAAUUGCUGGCUGAUAUUGUCAACAUCUGUGUGGAUUACUAUGAAAACAAGAUGUAUCUCACACCCAGUGAGAAGCAUAUGCUUUUAAAGGUGAUGGGGUUUGGUCUGUAUCUUAUGGAUGGGAAUGUCAGCAACAUCUACAAACUGGAUGCCAAGAAGAGAAUCAACCUUAGCAAAAUAGACAAAUUCUUCAAGCUGCAGGUGGUUCCUUUAUUCGGCGAUAUGCAGAUAGAACUGGCCAGAUACAUUAAGACCAGUGCUCACUAUGAGGAGAACAAAUCCAAGUGGACGUGCACUCAGAGCAGCAUAAGUCCGCAGUACAACAUCUGUGAGCAAAUGGUCCAGAUCCGAGAUGACCACAUUCGCUUCAUUUCUGAGCUCGCUCGCUACAGCAACAGUGAGGUGGUCACCGGCUCAGGGCUGGACAGCCAGAAGUCCGAUGAAGAGUACCGGGAGCUCUUUGACCUUGCUUUACGGGGACUGCAGCUGCUGUCCAAGUGGAGUGCCCAUGUCAUGGAAGUGUACUCUUGGAAGCUGGUUCAUCCCACCGAUAAGUUCUGCAACAAGGACUGUCCAGGAACAGCAGAAGAGUAUGAACGAGCUACCCGGUACAACUAUACCAGCGAAGAGAAGUUUGCCUUUGUGGAGGUAAUUGCCAUGAUCAAAGGUCUACAAGUGUUGAUGGGCCGGAUGGAGAGUGUCUUUAACCAAGCCAUCCGCAACACUAUCUAUGCAGCUUUGCAGGACUUUGCCCAGGUGACGCUGCGAGAGCCCCUCAGGCAGGCAGUAAGGAAGAAGAAGAAUGUCCUGAUCAGUGUUCUUCAAGCAAUUCGAAAGACAAUCUGUGACUGGGAGGGAGGUCGAGAGCCACCAAAUGAUCCGUGCCUGAGAGGUGAAAAGGACCCCAAGGGUGGAUUUGAUAUUAAAGUCCCACGACGAGCAGUAGGACCAUCAAGUACACAGCUCUACAUGGUGCGGACCAUGCUGGAGUCCCUCAUAGCAGACAAGAGUGGCUCCAAGAAGACUCUGAGGAGCAGCUUGGAUGGGCCGAUAGUCUUGGCCAUUGAGGAGUUCCACAAGCAGUCGUUCUUCUUCACCCACCUUCUCAACAUCAGUGAAGCGCUGCAGCAGUGCUGUGACCUUUCCCAGCUCUGGUUCCGGGAGUUCUUCCUGGAGCUGACGAUGGGCCGCCGCAUCCAGUUCCCCAUUGAAAUGUCCAUGCCCUGGAUCCUCACGGACCAUAUUCUGGAAACCAAAGAACCCUCCAUGAUGGAAUAUGUACUAUACCCCUUGGACCUCUAUAAUGACAGCGCGUACUAUGCCUUGACCAAGUUCAAAAAGCAGUUCCUGUACGAUGAAAUUGAAGCUGAAGUGAAUUUAUGCUUUGAUCAGUUUGUGUACAAGCUGGCAGAUCAGAUCUUUGCCUAUUAUAAAGCAAUGGCUGGCAGUGUUUUGCUGGACAAACGUUUCCGGGCUGAAUGCAAGAAUUAUGGGGUGAUCAUUCCAUACCCACCAUCAAACCGCUAUGAGACUCUGCUCAAGCAAAGGCAUGUCCAGUUGCUGGGCAGGUCAAUUGACCUGAACAGGCUCAUAACCCAGCGUAUCUCAGCAGCAAUGUACAAAUCAUUAGACCAGGCCAUUAGCCGCUUUGAGAGUGAGGACCUGACAUCCAUAGUGGAGCUGGAGUGGCUCUUGGAAAUAAAUCGCCUGACUCACAGGUUGCUGUGCAAGCACAUGACUUUGGAUAGCUUUGAUGCCAUGUUCCGGGAAGCCAACCACAAUGUCUCUGCACCCUAUGGGCGCAUCACCCUCCAUGUCUUUUGGGAGCUCAACUUUGACUUUCUACCCAACUACUGCUACAAUGGAUCCACCAACAGGUUUGUGAGGACAGCAAUCCCCUUUACGCAGGAACCCCAGCGGGACAAACCAGCCAAUGUUCAACCAUAUUACCUCUAUGGGUCCAAGCCUCUCAACAUUGCCUACAGUCACAUCUAUAGCUCCUACCGCAACUUUGUGGGGCCACCUCAUUUCAAGACAAUCUGCAGGCUGCUUGGCUAUCAGGGGAUUGCCGUGGUCAUGGAAGAGCUGUUGAAGAUCGUCAAGAGCCUGCUGCAAGGCACCAUCCUGCAGUAUGUGAAGACUCUGAUAGAAGUCAUGCCCAAGAUAUGCCGCUUGCCAAGACACGAAUAUGGCUCUCCAGGAAUCCUGGAGUUUUUCCACCACCAACUGAAGGACAUCAUUGAGUAUGCAGAGCUGAAGACUGAUGUGUUCCAGAGCCUCAGAGAAGUGGGCAAUGCCAUUCUCUUCUGCCUCCUUAUUGAGCAGGCUUUGUCCCAGGAAGAAGUUUGUGAUUUGCUGCAUGCUGCUCCCUUCCAAAAUAUUUUGCCCAGGGUCUACAUCAAAGAAGGAGAACGCUUGGAGGUGCGCAUGAAGCGUCUCGAAGCCAAGUAUGCCCCACUUCACCUCGUUCCCCUAAUAGAGAGGCUGGGCACUCCGCAGCAAAUAGCCAUUGCUCGAGAAGGUGACUUGCUGACCAAGGAGCGGCUGUGCUGCGGCUUGUCCAUGUUCGAGGUCAUCCUGACGCGAAUUCGGAGCUACCUGCAGGACCCAAUCUGGCGUGGACCACCCCCAACAAAUGGGGUCAUGCACGUGGACGAGUGCGUGGAGUUCCACCGGCUCUGGAGUGCCAUGCAGUUUGUGUACUGCAUCCCUGUGGGCACCAAUGAGUUCACUGCAGAGCAGUGCUUUGGAGAUGGUCUGAACUGGGCAGGUUGUUCUAUCAUUGUUCUCCUUGGACAACAACGACGCUUUGACCUAUUUGACUUCUGCUACCACCUGCUGAAGGUGCAGAGGCAGGACGGGAAGGAUGAAAUCAUUAAAAACGUGCCCUUGAAAAAGAUGGCUGACAGGAUAAGGAAGUAUCAGAUUCUGAACAAUGAGAUCUUUGCCAUCCUGAACAAGUACAUGAAGUCGGUGGAAACAGACAGUUCCACAGUGGAGCAUGUGCGCUGCUUCCAGCCUCCCAUCCACCAGUCACUGGCCACCACCUGCUAGUGUGACACUGACCCUGUGUGCUUUGGGAAGGGAGAAGAGACUGAGCCCAGGAUGACUGGGAGGAUGAACUUGAUGGCGUGAGACCUGGCAACAAAGUAAGACUGGGUAUGCUCACUACAAGGACUUAUCUUCCCAUCUGGCCCUGUUGAGUGCAUGUUCUUCUGUUCCAUCCCUGUGACCAAUUUUACUUGUAGCUUUUGGACUUGGGAGUGGGUGGGGGUGGGAGGGUGAAAUGUGCUUUUCUUCCGUGAAAUCUGGUUUUCCCUGUGAUUCAUCCAGCCAAACACAAAAAUCUGAAGCCAUAUUGCAGCCCCAAAGGUGGGGGAUCCUGUCGGAAGAGCUGCGUGUUGCUACUGCGCCGGGAGCCCACUCCCACUGCAAAAGCAAUGGGGAAAAUCAACCCCACCCAUGACACGUGCCACCAGGGCUGAAGACAGACCCUGACUUCUUUUUGGGGAAGAAGGGAUGAAGGCAGGAUUUCACCUACGGCAGCAGCCUGAGGAAGGAGUAGUGCAGAGGAGCCGUGCUGGGCUGGUUGUGGAUUGCUUCCCGCUCUCUGCCAAGUUGUUGGCCUUCCUAGCAUCUGGCACUUGGGUUUCAAAAUAGCAAUGAUGUAGCUGCCAAAUAACUCUUCAGCAUUUCAGAGAGCUGGGGGAAUCAAAAAAGGCCUGUUUUGGCUUUUUUUCCACUGCUAUUGGGAUGUCCACUUAUUUUAUUUCAAAGGGUUCUCCCUUGAAGACACACCUUCAAUGAAGUAAACAAAAUUUCUUAUGGACCAUGGAAGAGGUUGCAUUGGAUUCAUGUGAAUAUGCUUUUGCACAUGCUAACUUGAGUGGAAACAGACACUGUUCCUGACAGGAGGCAGUUGUAUUUACCUUGACCAUGUGUGAUCUUUGAUAUUCAGCCAAGGAUGAGAGCUGGGAUGUGUAAUUUUUGUAUGUUCUGGCAUGCUAUUUUCCCUUGUUUUAGAUAGUCACAGCAACCAAUUUUUAUUUAUUUAUUUUUUAAGAGAAUGGUGUCCAUCAGCAAGGCUUAGUAAACUUCCCAUCACACAGAAAUGAUGCGAUUCUUUAGAAAAGGUAAAACAUAGGAUAAGCAUAAUGAAAACAGCAAUUUCCAGGCUCAAAAGCCUUCUGAGGGAACACCGGAGUCUGUUUCCUACUCCUACUCAGUUCACCUAAUAUCUCUGGAUGUAUUAGAUACUGGGAACAAAUUCAGUAGGGACCUCAAGGAGAUAUUCAAAACUUGUGGUUUUCCCUUUCCUCUUGGUGCUGUCACCACAGUGACACAAAACGUUGUGCCUGAAGCUAAAGAAGAUCAAACCACAUGCUCCAGGAGGAAAUUAUGCUAAUGUCACCACUGUCAAUAUUUUUAUUUCUCAGCUUUAGCCAGGACACAGCAGAUAACUGCUGUUUAAAUAGACAGAUUUGGUAAUAGAUAUUAUUUUCGUGCAAAUUCCAUCAUGCCUUGUAACCUGCAUGCUACUACAGAUGCUGAAAAGGCAGAGCCUGGGCCCUUAUUCUCUCAAAAGAAAUACACCAUUAAUUAGUAGGAAUGUCCCAGCUGGAAUGCAUUGUCUUAGAAAACAACAGCAAGCACUGUAUUAGUGCUAAAGGAGAUCUUGCUGUGUGGGAUGCAUUUGUUCUCCCACACACUCACUCCCUCAUGAUCAACAAAUAAUCCACACAUGGAAGAGCUGAACAUCUUUACACCUUGAGCCUUCUUUAAUCACUGAGACAAAUGCUUGAACCUCUGGGAGAAAACAGUGCAGCACAGUAAUCUGAAAGUCAAAUGGCAUCUCAGGAGAUUGGGCUGAACCCUUUGGGUGCCAGGGAAGGAUCCAGCUUCUGGAAGCAACUUGUUUCCCUCACACUGUGAAGAAGAGCAGCACAAGAGCAUCCAAGACCCAACAAUACCAAAGGGCUCCUGCUCUCUACUCACUUUCUCCACUAUCGAUGCCCGUUCUGGUUUUCCAUUGUGUUCCAACACCUGACACUGCUGAAACUACUGAAUUGAGGGAGUUUACAGAUAUAUAUUUUUAAAAGGAAGAGGAGAAUUGAGCACUUUAUUUUUUGUGAAAAACAAGAUACAAGGAAGAUAGAUCCAACCAAGAUCCUAUUUUCCUGACCUAAAUAGCAAGUGCUUGUUAUUUUGGUAUGAAAGUGUUGCUGAUGAAGUGGCACAGAUCCCUGAGCGGCUCUCAGAGCCAUCUCUGAGCACAGCACAAAUUGAAUGUUCUAUGAUGUCUGAUAUGUUAUGGGAUGUUGGAGCCCUGGCAGAAACCAGCAAGAGCAAGAACACAGAAGGUUGAGCUAUGCCACACAGCCCAGUCACUCACAGCUAGCAGACAGAACAGGAUAUCCUAAGUUGAAUCUAAGUCUCUUGUUUAGGUUUGCAGAGAGACAGGAGAUUUUUUACCUAAACAUGUCUAUCACGGCAUUCUUUUGCUGCAGCUUUGGCUUAAUUCUCUGAAAAAAAAAAAAAAACAAAAAAAAAAACAAAACCACAAACCUGCAAAACACAGCUGGGUGUGCUUGAAUGAAAAGGUAGAAGAAAUGUUGGGUUUUUUUUGCCCUCAGAUUUGCUGUCAGAAACAAACUCCUUCCAGUUCUGAGGGAUGACACGUUUCGAGCAAGAUGUCCAAAGUGCAUGAACAAAAUGUAAAGUGUUUCUAACUGUAGAUGUUUUUGCCUUGUUGCUCAAGUAGUAUGAGAUCAGCUAGGAAUAACCAUAUGCUCCUCACUUCUGAGAUUUGAUGUUAUUGUCCUUAUGUUAAGAAUCUACCUGCUUAUUAUUAGUAUGUUAAGAGGCUACCUGAUUCAAAUAGUCUUUAGCUUGUUUUCUAAUCCCCUCCCUCCCCUCCCUUUGAAUCUAUAAAAGAAAAGUUCAGACUUACGUCUUCAAAGAACCUAGUGAAGCAGAAUUUUUCUCUUCAUUUUUUUUUAAUGUCAUAAUUAUUAGUGAAAAUAGGGGAAAAAAAUUGUGACAGUAAAGCUAAACAACAGAUUGCCAAGGGGUCGGGCAUAUCCUCCACACUGGAAAACUUCCUGCCAAUUUUGAAUGUCUUCCUUGCAGAUAUGCUCUAAUUCAAUCUGCACAGCCCAUAUUAUUUUUUCCUAGGGAAACACGGACCCCUAUAUGGAUAAUUUAAGUCAACUGACUAUGGGCAUACCUUUUUUUAACCUACGUUUUCCCAAUUACUCUGAAGUAGUUGUAACUCCUUGGGGAUUACCAACCAUUGCUUGGAAUGCCUACUUCAAAGACAAGUUGCUGACUUGAUACAAAAGUUAGAGAGAGGGAAAAGGAUGGUCUGUGUAAUAAGCAAAGUCAGACUAGAUGAUUGUAACGUUCCCUCCAGCUUUAACAUUUGAAAUGUGACUAUUGGCAGUGCAAAUGCCUUUCUUGGAUGAUGCUACACUUGAUUCUCAGAGAUCUAAUAGAAAGGAGAAGCAAACUUGUUCAAACUUAGCACUUCAGUGGUUUUUCUUUUAAACUCCAGCAGCACUUAUUAGCACUGAACAACGUUAGUCUUUUUUCUCCUGCAUUACUCCAGUCCAGUAGGUUUGUGUGUGUUUGAGAACAAAAGAAAAAAUAAUUGAAGGUGUAAAAAAAAGAAAAUAUUCUCAAAAGCUCUUGUCAAAUGUACCAUAUUUGUAUGAAAAGCUGCUUGAGUUAUUUUGUACAAUGAGUUUUAUUUAUGGUGAGGUAUAUUUACGCUCGUGGUCUGAUACAGUGUUAAAUUUUUGAUCCAUAUUUGCUAUGCAGCUGAAGAUGAUAUUUUGGUUUUGUAUUAUUUUUUGCUGUUGUUCUAAAAUUCAGCUAACAGAAGCUUCCAUAUCCUUUAGAAAUGCUUCUGCAAGAGUAAAGCAUCUGGUACAUGGUGAUAUGUCCCGUAACACAGCAACAACAGUGUGUGCAACAAAUGUGGGAUGACUUUUGUGAUGAAGAGAAAUAAAAAUUGGGCUCAUUCAUGAAAUGGGCAAACUUUA